AUGUCGAAGAAUCCGAAAGGUAUGAUCACUCUACUAUCCAUCCUGCUUCUCAUAGCCGAUGUGCUGGCCUACAUGACCCGUGAAAAUCGUCCCUUCAGUGUUAAUGACAUUGUUACUGCAUUGCAAAAGGCACAUGGGAAGACGGUUAUUUCUAAGGCAGUCGAUGAAUUAGUCCUGGAUGCCUCCCUUGUUGAAAAGGUUUACGGAAAGCAAAAAGUUUUUGUUGUGUCACAAGUUAGAGCCGCAGCUUUCCCUUAUCACGAUUGUGAAGAAAAACUGCCUCGCCCUGACAGCUCUGAGCUGAAGGCUAUGGACGAUAAAAUUAAUGAGCUCACAACAAAUCUCCAACAGCUUAGAGAUCGAGUUAGAGUAGUUGAGUCGGAAUUGAAGUCAGUGCAGUCCAGCUUGUCCCUUCAGGAGGCACGUGAUCAGAAUGCUGUCUUGGAGAUUAAGAUAGGCGAGAUAAAGAAGCUUAUUUCCGAAUACGGCUCAGAACCACCGGUUCCCCCGGAAGAAUUUUCUCAAGCCAUGGAUAUCGUUGAUGCCGUUGCCGAGGGUUAUCCUAAGAGUCGAAAAGAACUCAUGGAUGACGUCGGCAUUGAAACGGAUGAGGAUCGAGGAGUAUCUAUCGCUGACUUCACAUUCUGA